AUGAUCACAGCAAUAUCUUUGGUAUUCAGUCGUUACCUUUAUUUACCAUCUCCUCCACCUGGUAUUGGUGCCAGAACUGCUUAUUGUUUGGUCAUAUGGUCAGCAUGGUUACCAUUCACGCUGGGUUAUGUAUCUAUCUACACCUGUUUGGCAUUAACUGUUGAACGAUGGUUAGCAGUAAACAGACCUCAUUUUUACUUAACACUUCAAGCUAAACAAGCAAGAAAGGCGGUCGUUGGGGUUUGGUUGAUAGGAAUCCUUGUAAAUGUUUCAACUUUAUUUCGCGUGAAAUAUGAUAAUGAAACCGAACAAUGCAAAUGGAAACCAUUAAAGGUCGGAAACGAUCAAUUACCAUGGCUGGAUUUCACAGUGCAAUCAAUUGUCCCUUUUGCAACGAUGAUUAUACUCUAUUCACAUAUUAUUUAUACCUUAAACAGACUUAGAUUUGUAGUUGGACACCAGAACCAUCCCGUCAAGAAAGUUACCGCUAUGGCAUUAACAACAUCAUGUGUUUUAAUACUGGGUUGGCUACCAAGCCGAAUCAGCUUUUUGUUGAGUAAAUUUGGCUACGUUGACCCAAACAGUUUAUUUCAUUUCUGUUUAAUAAUUCUUGCUUUUGUCAACAUAUCCGUGAACCCCUUUCUGUAUGGAAUAUAUUGUUCACAAUUUCGCGAGGACUACAAAAAUAUUUUUUUGGGGUUAGUAAAGAAACUUAGCUUUUAUCAGCCUUCUGAAAAUCGCAGGAACGAUAUUGAAAUGCAAGGCAAAGGAAGAGUAAAUAAAGCUGUAAACGAGAUGGAUGUCAAUCAAGAAAUCCAGAUAAAAAGAUCAUCUCAUGGCCAUAAAAUUGGAUGCACAGUUGGCGAAUAA